AUGUUUAUUUGUGCUUCUACUAACUUCCUUGGGUUGCUUGUAACGCCGUACCCGUUCAGCGGUGCUCCUGUUUAUCCGAUGGGAUUGGUCCCGAAUAGCUCUGCAUAUGGAGAGAAUGGAGGAAUGUUGAUGGGAAACCGCAUGAGAAACAUGGCCGAUGGACCUCGCCGUGUUCUACCGUUUCCUGGUGCUUCUGUUGCCUUUGAACCGGCAGCAAACCAUAGAGGCAAUCUGAGUCUACCAGUGGUGUCGAAUCCAACUGAGCGACAAACAGUACCAGCAAAUACGCAGGUGAUGCUUAUCCGCAGCGGUGACGGUAUAUUCCUUCGACUGAGUAAUGGACUGCUUUUGAACGCACAGAACUCUGUGUUUGAUUCUUGUAAGUUUUUAAAAAUAUUUGCUUCUUGCAAAGAGAUAUCGUUUGGGUUAUCAACAAGCUUCCUCUUUCCCACGGAGCCCUUUAUAUUGUUCUUUCUCUGCAAAAUUGAUAAAAUCGGUGGAAGCACCCAGCAAAUCUCAGCAAAAAGUAGCCCAAAACCGUGUCCGGGGUAGGA